AAAACGUCAAAGCCAAGCCAGACAACAAAAGCGAAAGGACCUCCUCACCACCCGCAUAAAAUCGCAUUUGCCUUCUCUCAGACCAGACCCGACCCCAAACAAAAUCCACGAUCGCUCACAAUUUCUUCCAUCAAUACCUAUAAAACACACCCUUAUUUGAAAAUCUCCCCCCCCAAAUUCCAAUUUUCCCGCGAACUUUCUCCGAGUUUAUUUUCUCAAUUCUUCUGUUUUCUUAAAUCCUUUUGGAACCCUAGAUUACCGAAAGCUCUGGAUCUGAUUGAGGACGAUUAUAAGGAAUAAUUUCCCGGAACCCAGAAAAACAAAGUUAAAGGAUUUGUAGCAGAAACAGAAGAACACUUAAAACAUAUAUAUAUUUUCUUCUUUAUUAUACUAUAUUUGGAAAAUCGCCGAAGUCUUGAAGGUGGGAUACAGGGAAUGGAGGAACAAGGUGGAUUCGAAGAGAACCAACCUGUGGAUCUUUCCAUUCACCCCUCUGGUAUUGUUCCCACUCUUCAGAAUAUCGUAUCUACGGUUUACUUGGGUUGCCGGCUGGAUCUCAAGCAAAUUGCGUUGCAAGCUCGGAACGCAGAAUACAACCCCAAGCGUUUUGCCGCUGUUAUUAUGAGAAUAAGGGAACCAAAAACUACAGCGUUGAUAUUUGCCUCUGGGAAGAUGGUAUGCACAGGUGCGAAAAGUGAACAGCAAUCAAAACUGGCAGCAAGGAAGUAUGCCCGAAUCAUCCAAAAGCUUGGAUUUAGUGCUUCGUUUAAGGAUUUCAAGAUUCAAAAUAUUGUUGGCUCCUGUGAUGUUAAAUUCCCUAUAAGACUUGAGGGUCUUGCAUACUCUCAUGGUGCCUUUUCAAGUUAUGAGCCGGAACUUUUUCCAGGGCUGAUAUAUCGCAUGAAGCAGCCGAAGAUUGUUCUUCUUAUAUUUGUGUCGGGGAAAAUUGUUAUUACGGGUGCAAAGGUAAGAGAAGACACAUAUAAGGCCUUUGAGAACAUAUACCCUGUCCUUACAGAGUUCAGGAAGGUCCAGCAAUGAUCAUACUUACUACACGUGUUAGCUGUUGCUGGCAGACACACGUCUAUCAACGUAGCUCCGGUGCUGUCAUUGGCAAUGCAUGCAACAACAAUUUUUUUUUCUUAUUUUCUGGUUGGGUGUAGAAAGAAAGGGUUAAGAUUCAGUGUGAAAGCUUUGUUGUCAGUGGCAGAUAAGCCAGGAUUGAUGAGAUUGUGAUCCCGGAGGAGUUCAUAAAUAAGAACUUGCAAUUUUGAUAGUAGAAAUAGAAACUUCACUUC